UCUAUUGAACGCCCUUGCUUCUUCUUGCUACCUUGGUGUCCCUUGCAGUCCCCGGCCGCAUGUUAACCGUGUAGGCAGCUAACAAACAAUGCAUACGAUGAAUAUUAAAUUCAACUGAAUGAACUACAAAUGGCCCGACAGGUAACCUCAUAACUCAAAAGUUAUAAGUCGACGCUCGGGCUUGCUAAUGUAAAUACCCGCAGAAAAGUAAAGCUGCAAAGAUCAGGCAUGGCCUACACGCUGCGAACAACAACCUCUCGGCGCUGUUUGAUGCCAACGCCGUGGAGGACCUCGAGGGCUCGCAACUGAAGUGAGUGCUCUCAUAAAAUAACAAAGCCGUGUUCUCGAGAUGCACCGUGCGUCAUGUUCACUCGCACUCACAGGCAACUGCCGGGCGCCCUCUACAUUGUCGCCGACCCCACCUCCUCCUCCAUUGAAGUCCAUGCUUACGGCUCCAUGGAUGACCCUAUGCUCGUGCCGAGCAUCACGCACCUGGUGAAGUGCGCGUACGCAGUACACCAGCUCCGCCAGCCCCCGCCCAACAUUACCAUCGUCAAGGCCAAGGCGACUGGCACCACCGCAGGGCCAGCACCCAAGCCAGAGUCCUACCUGGUGAGGGAGACGCUGCGCUUUGUGUACCAGAACGCCGUGCUGCCAGGCCUUCGGGAACUGUACGAUACAGGAUUCACAGUGCACAUGUGCAACGGGGGCAAGUGGAGCAAGGAUGACGGCGUGUCAGCAGGGAAAAUUGCAAGCUGGAUUCCUGCAGACGGGGGGUGCUGCACAUGUGAUGGCAGCACGUGCAUGGACGCGCGGGCGAAGUUAGGGUUUCCUAACGUGCCGCUGGUGGACUACAUGAAGCACGAACUUCGGAAGGAGGAGGCAAAGAAGGCUAUCAGCUGGGGGGUGCGGCGGAGUACGUUCGUUGCUCAGAAGGUGGCCGAGUUGGAGGCGGAAUGGAAGGAGGAGCGUGCCGACCACAAGGCAUCUCAGGCGCGAUCUGGGGCCGCUGCGGCCCGGGUCCAGCAAUCAGCGGAGUCUGACGCAAGUGACAGCGAUGAGGAGGUGGUCAACCCGGUGGUGGCUCGCAAGGUCCGCAAGCAGCAAGGUGCAACUGCACUCAGCCAGCAGCUCCUGCAGACGCAUUUUGAGCGCUUCAACAUGGAUGGGAAGGGGGCCGGGGAGGGCUCGCUGCUGCUGGUGCUGAAGGAAGAAGGCUAUGGGCUAUCCAAGGCAGCCCUGGCCAGGGCGCUGCGGGAUGCCAGCUUGAGAUGGGGCAAGCUCACGCCGACGCAGGAGGAGGCACUCGGCCACUUCCAGGAGGUGAAGGAAGAGUACGGCGAGGAGGAAGCUGUGGCGGUCAUUGCUGGCAUGCUCAGCCUGACGCUUGAACAUGCUCGCAAGCGCCUGGCUGCGGCAAAGUUGCUCCGUUCUCGCGUGGACAAGCAGCCGGAGGGCUCUGGGCGGGCGGUGCAAACGGCACUCAGCAGGCACACCACCAAGAAGAGUCGCGGUGGCAAGGAGGGCCACGGCAGAGAGGAACGCCGCGGUGAUGACGUGAGCCGCGGUGAUGACGUGAGCCACGGCGGUGAGGCGAGCAGCAGCGGCGAGGCGAGCAGCAGCGAUGAGGAGGGCGGUGGUGAGGAGGGGAGCGGCGGUGAGGAGAGCAGCAGCGGUGAGGAGAGCAGCAGCAGUGAGGAGAGCCACGGCUGCAGCGAUGUCGAUGAGGACGCCCCAUGUAAGAAGUGCGGCGGCGCCGACGCGACCGUCUUUGACAUGGUAUUUUGCGAUGACUGCAACGACUGCUAUCACGUGAACUGCCAUGAACCCCCUCUCACGGCGGUGCCGAUGGGCCGCUGGAGCUGCAGCACAUGUGCACAGAAGCCCGUUGACUGUGCGGGCGGCGGGUUGGGCGGGGGUGCCGAAGCACUGCAGCGUGCAGGCGGGCCCGGCGCGGACUUGGAGGUCGCAGCACUGGGCAGGGCGGUGACAGCUGCCGGCGCCACCACGGCAGCGGACUGCAGCAGCACAGGUGGCGGUGACGGCGGGGCGCUAGCGCCGACAGCAAGCCCACCUCCAGGGCUGGGCGGGGGUGCCGGGGCACCGGUGCACAAUAAGCGCAUAGCAGUUGGUGAGCUGCCAAGACGUAAUAAGGGCGCAAAGCUGCAAAGCAUCCUUGAGAUGUUGAAGAAGUAGUUGACACGUGACACUGAGCAACCCGUUGACAUGUCUCAAGGAUAGUCCGUUCGGAUAGUUUUUACAGGCUGGAAACCAAUAUAAUAAGGAUACUUAUGCUAUGUAGGUGCCACCUGCUGAGUUUCAACUGAAUCGGAGGUGGUCAUUUUUGGAAGGUAGUGCUUCUGGGGGUCGUUUCGGCGGGGGUUUGGGAGGUGUGAGAGGCGAGUCGCUCCAAACUGAAGGUCACCUGCUUGCGUUCAAACUCGAGAACAUGCAUUCUGAUACUAUUAGAUUUCAUAUGAUAUAUGCUGGCAGCACGUUUGGUGUCUAGAGACUUGGUCAGUCCAGCACAUGACAUGUCGGCACGCGUUACACACUCGGCACGAGAACGCUUGCGCUGAGUAGGUCAUCGUACUUCUGUACGCUGUAUAACGUAUGACCGGU